AAAUUUCCGCAUAAUGAAAUUAUGUGAAAAAGUGAAGACUUCCAAUUCCAAUUAAUUUUACUAUUACUUAUGACUAAGGAAAGUGAAACGAUAUUAUAGCUUCCAAUCAAGUAUUCAACUAUUCGCAAUUUGUGAGACAAAACACUACGUGAUAAUGUCUAUCAUUAUGAAUAAAUGUGGAUACAUAUGGUACAAUUUUGUUAGAAAGUGAAAAUAAGGAAUGUCUGCAUUAGCGAGAUUUAUAGUUGGUGUCACAUCUUCAAUCGCUCCAAGGGACAAAGUCUCUACCAUUUCAUCAAAGCGGGGAUUUAGUAACAGCAACAUCACUGUCAACACCUCCAACUGUUAUUCUACUAGUGCAGAUACAGCUUGUAACACAGAGCUCAAUGGUCCAAUCCGUAGAUGUAGAAGUUCAAAACUGAAAAUCGAUACGGAAAGAGGAAAAAGCUCAUGCAGUCCAGCUUUACUUGAAUUCAGCUUCGAUAGCGGCAUAGGUAUGGGCUCCAGCAGCUUUACUGGUAAUGUUUCAGUAGUGGAUGAAAAAUUAACCUCUAAAACAGAAAAUAUUGAAACACUUAAGAGUGGCACUGAUAUUCUCGGUACAGAUAGCGUGAGCGGCAAUGAUGCCGUUGACUUUCAUGAUAAACUUGCCAAUUUCGUUAGCAUCGACAAUGGCAUCAUCAAAUAUUCUACAGAAGAAAUAAGUUGGAAAUUGAGGUACGAACGGCUGCAACAGUGUCGUCUCAUCCUAUUCGCGUUAGAUCGACAGCAAACCCAAUACCGACAGUUGCGCGAACGUCUCAGUAAAAUUGGUGAAGGACGAAUUGCUAAAAAGGAACCUGUGAUUGAUAACAUUUGCAAUGUUUGCUCCUGUCCAAUCAAUAUAAUUGAUUCUAAAAGCUUUAUUACGUGCUUCGUAUGCAACAAAAGAAUAUGUCACGCUACCAAAUGCUCAAAUUUCGUUCCAAAAUCUGGUCGGCGGGAGUGUCAAAUAUGCCAUCUCUCAAAGAACUCGCUUACACAUACACAAUCUUGGAUAACAGAACAAAUGUUCUUCAGCCGCCAAAACCAUUCGUAUCCAGUGCGAGCACGAAGUGAAAUUUACAUACCGAUAAAAGAUUAUAAUGAAGGUUCCAUAAAUUUCGAAAGCGUAAGCCAAGUAGGAGCAAGUUCCUUUGCUAUUACUGCAGAUCAAAAAACGAAAAUACGCGAAUAUGUGGAGGAAGUGGUGGCUAAGCUGUUGGGCAAUUCGCUAGACCAAAUACGGGUCACUCAAUUAUCAAAAAGUGAAAAUCAUCUUCCUGGCAUCCUGAAUAAUCAUGUAAUUCAUCCACACCCCGUGGGCUUGAAUGACAAUCAAACCAAAGAGAACAUCCUAACUGAAUUUUCCGAAAUUUCACAAGCAAGACUUCGAAAUAUGGUUGAAUCAAUAAUAGCGGAAAUGCUGGGAACGUCACGUCUGACGAAUGUUAACGUAUCUGAACCAGAACUCAAUACAAAUACGUAUGGAAAUGGUCAUUCACAACUUUCUCAUCGUCAUCGUACUGAACAUCCUUUUGAACCAAAGGCCUAUCAGGACUUCCUGGCCAAGGCAGUGUUAAAUAAGAUCGCUGACAAUGAAGGGUAUAUCCGUAAAUUAUCGGAAAGUACACCCGAUCUAAGCUCAUGCAACAUUGACAUCAACUUCAAUAUGGACGAUAGAAGCAAUUCACCUGAAAGUUCAUUAGAGACUUCAAGUCCUUUCAACUAUGCAGAUGCACAGCAUUCAUCAAAAAUCAUCAAAGAUUUAGAUCGCGAAUCAACAAUAAACGAUUACAUAGCCUCUUACACAGUACCGCUACCCGAUUUGUCAGCUGCAAUGACAGAUUAUGAGGAUGAUGAUAUGGCAUCCGUAUCUUCGAGUAUUCUUGUCGAAGGCAAUUGGGAAGAUAAUUGGCUUUUUAGGAAGAAGGGUCCUUCAUUAACUACCUCCAUAACUGGCAGUGUAGGUAUGCUAGUACCUGCACCUAAAGAUGAUGUUCGUGCUCAAAUUGGAGAUAAGACUACCGAUGAAAUCAGUGACCUCUCUGAAAUUGAUUCAGAUACGGAUGAUUCAGUACAAAUAUGUGCAGGCUUAGAUCCGUACAAUGAUCGAAUUAUAAAUAAACACCUAAUUGGUGGUCAGAAUACAAAAGUGAUUUUAGACGAAUUGAUUGAAACAGCUAGUUUGAUAUCAAAUACAUCACAUUCACCAAAUGAAGCCAAUUAUAUUGAUACUAGAAACGAUCAUAUUGUGGAAAAGUCGUUCAAAACUGAAGCGUUUAAUUCAAAAGUUGCUAAUCAUUCGCCCCUAGAACUUAAAAUUAGUUCAAAAUCGAUGCCAACGAAUUGUUAUGAAGCUCAUACGGCGCAUGAACCUGAAAAUAAUCCAAUAUCAGCUCCAUUUCAAGCUACUGAAAGCAUUGAAGUCGACGAAAGUUGUACAGGAUUUAGCUCAGUCGAAAUAUUUGAAGAACCCGUUUUAAGUCACGACACUAGGUCAAUUUGUCAAGGAACAUCCGUUAUUGAAAUUCUCGCUGCAAUUACUUUAGCACCGUUGUUGGCUGUUCCUGCUUCAGAACAACCAUCUAUUCAAGCACCCUUUGAAAUGAAUACAAUCAAAGAGUUAAGUGAUUUAGCUUUGGCAGAAAUAAAAUUACGUAUACCUGAAUUGAGCCACCACUCACUUGAUAUCAUAGAUGAGGAAGAAGAAUCUAAAGUUAUAAACUCGUUAGAAAUAGACGAAAGUUGUUCAGAAAAGUGCGUUCCAUUAUCAGAUAUUAAGGAAAAUACGAAUUCACCAUUGAUUCCAAAUGCAAUCACAAAUUUAGCAGAUGAAAAUGAUUUACACGAUCUGCCGAAUAAAAUUUGUGCAGAGACACAUUCACCGGAUAUAGUACUGUUACCAUCGUCGUUGGAAAGAACUUCGUUCGAAGGUUCCAAUAGAUCGAAUAUAACACAACUCCCCGAACUUAAAACAUAUUCCAUUGAAGAGCCUUCAAAUGUAAUUUUAUUGCAUUCAGAAGCGGAAACUCAACUGUCCUCAAAACCAAUCAUACGAUGUAGCUCUCAUGAAGAACCAUCUGAAACCAUCUAUCCUUUAGAAAAAGAGAUACCUAAAAUCUGCACGGAAGCCGUUAUCGGUGAUGUUAAAUAUACAAAAGGUAUAUUGUCUUCCGAAACCACUCAAACUUUUGAAUUUGAGAAACAAGUACAUUACAACGAAACUAGGGAUGAGCCUAAAAGCCAGACACCAGAAGAUAACAGUAUCGAUACAGAAGCAGUAAAAUUAAUUGAAAGCGAAAACGAAAAAACAAGUAAUGAACCAAAAAUAGAGUGUAUUAUAAAUGCAAAAAGUACAAAUGAAAACCAGUACACAGAUGAACGCAAUAACGAAGCAGAAACUAAAGAAUCCUCUGGAACACCAUAUACCUCCGCACCUCAGAAACAAGAAUCUAUCAGUGAGUCAGAUGGAGAGUGUAUUUUGGUCACAGAAGCAGAAGAAUCCUCUGUAACAGACAAUGGAACAAAAAAUCGUUGUACUGAACCAGAAGUAGAAACUGUUAUGGAUAUAGAAUGUGAAAAUCCAUCACCCUUCACCGACCAAGUGGAAAAGUGUGCUAUUGAGAAAGAGGUUUCGGAAUCUUUACAAACGUCGCACACUUUAGCAACUGAGAAACAACAAUCAGUCUAUCAGUUACCAGGAGAUAAAAAAAUUGAUACAGAAGUGGUAGAAUUAUCAGAAAUCGAAAAACAAAUAGCACGUAAUGAACCAGAAGUAGAGUGUGCUAAAGAUGCACAAAAUGAAAAUGAAACAUCGUACAUUGAUCAUAAGAAUGAACAUAAUAAUGAAGUAGAAACUCAAGAAUCCUCUGAAACACCUUACACCCCCCUAAAGGAGAAACAAGAAACUAUUAGUGAGUCAACAGGAGUAUGUAGUAUGGAUACACAAACGGUAGAAUGCUCUGUAACAGACAGUGGAACACAAAAUCCCUGUACUGAAUCAGAAGUGGAAACUGUUAUCGGUACAGAAUGUGAAAAUCCAACGCCCUUCACCCAUCAAGUAGAAAAGUGUGCCAUUGAGAAAGAGGUUUCGGAAUCUUCACAAACGUCAUACAUUUUAGCAACUGAGAAACAACAAUCAGCUUGUGAGUUACCAGGAGAUAAAAAUGUGGACACAGAAGCGGUAGAAUUAUCAGAACGCGAAAAACAAGUAGAAUGUAAUGAACCAGAAAUAGAGUGUGCUAAAGAUGCACAAAGUGAAAAUGAAAUAGCGCACAUUGAUCAUAAGAACGAACAUGAUAAUGAAGCGGAAACUGAAGAAUCCUCUGAAACACCUGAUAGCCCCAUACCUGAGACACAAGUACUUAUUAGUGAGUCAACAGGAGAAUGUAUUAUGGAUACACAAGCGGUUGAAUGCUCUGUAACAGAUAAUGGAACACAAAAUCCCUGUACUGAACCAGAAGUAGAAACGGUUAUGUAUGAGUUACCAGGAGAUAAAAAUAUGGAUACAGAAGCGGUAGAAUUAUCAGAAAGCGAAAAACAAAUAGCAUUUAACGAACCAGAAAUAGACAGUUCUAAAGAUGCACAGAGUGAAAUUGAAAUGUCGUACAUUGAUCAUAAGAAUGAACAUGAUAAUGAAGCGGAAACUGAAGAAUCCUCUGAAACACCUUGUACCCUCAUACCGGAGAAACAAGAACCUAUUAGUGAGUCAACAGGCGAAUGUAUUAUGGAUACACAAACGGUAGAAUUCUCUGUAACAGACAAUGGAACACAAAAUCCCUGUAGUGAAAAAGAAGAAACUGUUAUGGGUACAGAAUGUGAAAAUCCAACGCCCUUCACCCAUCAAGUAGAAAAGUGUGUCAUUGAGAAAGAGGUUUCGGAAUCUUCACAAACGUCAUACAUUUCAGCAACUGAUAAACAACAAUCAGUCUGUGAGUUACCAGGAGAGAAAAAUAUGGAUACAGAAGUGGUAGAAUUUUCAGAACGCGAAAAACAAGUAGCAAGUAAUAAACCAGAAACAGAGUGUGCUAAAGAUGCACAAAGUGAAGAUGAAAUAUCGCACGUUGAUCAUAAGAAUGAACAUGAUAAUGAUGUAGAAAAUGAAGAAUCCUCUGAAACACCUGAUACCCCCAUACCUGAGACACAAGUACUUAUUAGUGAGUCAACAGGAGAAUGUGUUAUGGAUACGCAAACGGUAGAAUUCUCUGUAACAGACAAUGGAAUUCAAAAUCCCUGUACUGAACCAGAAGUAGAAACUGUUCUUGGUACAGAAUGUAAAAAUCCAACGCCCUUCACCCAUCACGUAGAAAAGUGUGUCAUUGAGAAAGAGAUUUCGGAAUCUUCACAAACGUCAUACAUUUUAGCAACUGAUAAACAACAAUCGGUCUGUGAGUUACCAGGAGAGAAAAAUAUGGAUACAGAAGCAGUAGAAUUAUCAGAACGCGAAAAACAAGUAGCAAGUAAUAAACCAGAAACAGACUGUUCUAAAGAUGCACAAAGUGAAAUUGAAAUGUCGUACAUUGAGCAUAAGAAUGAACAUGAUAAUGAAGAAGAAACUGAAGAUUCGUCUGAAACACCUUAUACCCCUAUACCGGAGAAUCAAGAACCUAUUAGUGAGUCAACAGGCGAAUGUAUUAUGGAUACGCAAACGGUAGAAUUCCCUGUAACAGACAAUGGAACUCAAAAUCCCUGUACUGAACCAAAAGUAGAAACUGUUCUUGGUACAGAAUGUGAAAAUCCAACGCCCUUCACCCAUCAAGUAGAAAAGUGUGUCAUUGAGAAAGAGGUUUCGGAAUCUUCACAAACGUCAUACAUUUUAGCAACUGAGAAACAACAAUCAGUCUGUGAGUUACCAGGAGAUAAAAAUAUGGAUACAGAAGUGGUAGAAUUAUCAGAACGCGAAAAACAAGUAGCAAGUAAUAAACCAGAAAUAAAGUGUGCUAAAGAUGCACAAAGUGAAGAUGAAAUAUCGCACGUUGAUCAUAAGAAUGAACAUGAUAAUGAUGUAGAAAAUGAAGAAUCCUCUGAAACACCAGAUACCCCCAUACCUGAGGCAGAAGAACCUAUUAGUGAGUCAACAGGAGAAUGCAUUAUGGAUACACAAGCAGUAGAAUUCUCUGUAGCAGAUAAUGGAACACAAAAUCUCUGUACUGAACCAGAAUUAGAAACUGUUAUGGGUAAAGAAUGUGAAAAUCCAACGCCCUUCACCCAUCACGUAGAAAAGUGCACCAUUGAGAAAGAGGUUUCGGAAUCUUCACAAACGUCAUACAUUUUAGCAACUGAGAAACAACAAUCAGUCUGUGAGUUACCAGGAGAUAAAAAUAUGGAUAAUGAACCAGAAAUAGAGUGUGCUAAAGAUGUACAAAGUGAAAAUGAAAUAUCGCACAUUGAUCAUAAGAAUGAACAUGAUAAUGAAGCGGAAAAUGAAGAAUCCUCUGAAACACCAGAUACCCCCAUACCUGAGGCAGAAGAACCUAUUAGUGAGUCAACAGGAGAAUGCAUUAUGGAUACGCAAACGGUAGAAUUCUCUGUAACAGACAAUGGAACUCAAAAUCCCUGUACUGAACCAGAAGUAGAAACUGUUCUUGGUACAGAAUGUGAAAAUCCAACGCCCUUCACCCAUCAAGUAGAAAAGUGUGUCAUUGAGAAAGAGGUUUCGGAAUCUUCACAAACGUCAUAUAUUUUAGCAACUGAGAAACAACAAUCAGUCUGUGAGUUACCAGGAGAUAAAAAUAUGGAUACAGAAGUGGUAGAAUUUUCAGAAAGCGAAAAACAAGUAGCAAGUAAUGAACCAGAAAUAGAGUGUGUUAAAGAUGCACAAAGUGAAAAUGAAAUAUCGCACGUUGAUCAUAAGAAUGAACAUGAUAAUGAUGUAGAAAAUGAAGAAUCCUCUAAAACACGUGAUACCCCCAUACCUGAGACACAAGUACUUAUUAGUGAGUCAACAGGAGAAUGUGUUAUGGAUACGCAAACGGUAGAAUUCUCUGUAACAGACAAUGGAACUCAAAAUCCCUGUACUGAAUCAGAAGUGGAAACUGUUAUCGGUACAGAAUGUGAAAAUCCAACGCCCUUCACCCAUCACGUAGAAAAGUGCACCAUUGAGAAAGAGGUUUCGGAAUCUUCACAAACGUCAUACAUUUUAGCAACUGAGAAACAACAAUCAGUCUGUAAGUUACCAGGAGAUAAAAAUGUGGAUACAGAAGCGGAAGAAUUAUCAGAACGCGAAAAACAAGUAGAAUGUAAUGAACCAGAAAUAGAGUGUGCUAAAGAUGCACAAAGUGAAAAUGAAAUAUCGCACGUUGAUCAUAAGAAUGAACAUGAUAACGAAGUAGAAACUGAAGAAUCCUCUGAAACACCUGAUACUCUCAUACCGGAUAAACAAAAACCUAUUAGUGAGUUAACAGGAGAAUGUAUCAGGAAUGCGCAAACAGUAGAAUUUUCUGUAAAAGGUAAUGGAAAACAAAAUCCCUGUACUGAACCAGAAGUAGAAACUGUUAAGGUUACAGAAUGUGAAAAUUCAUCGCCGUUUAAAUAUCAAAAAGAAAAGUGUUCCACUGAGAAAAAGGUUAUAGAAUCAUAUACUUUCGCAACUGACAAACAAGAGGCAGUCUGUGAUUCGCCUGGAGAUAAAAUUAUGGAUACAGAGUCAGUAGAAUUAACAGAAAUUGAGAAACUAAAACCAAAAGGAGAGUGUGCUAUAGAUGCACAAAGGGAAAUAGAAAUACCAUACAUUGAGCAAAAGGAUGAACGUGGUAAUGAAGCAGAAACUCAAGAAUCCUCUGAAACACCAUACAUCCCCUUACCUCAGAAACAAGAAAUUAUCAGUGAGUCGAAAGAAGAUAAAAUCACCGAAACAGCAGCAGUAGAAUUCUUUAAAUUAGAAAGUGUAAAACAAAAACCCUGCAAUGAACCCGGAAAAGAAGUUCGGACACUCUUCAAUGGGCGAAAAGAAGAGUGCACCAAUGGGACAGAGACCCAUAAGUCUUCCGAUCCACUAUGCAUAUCUGCAGUUGAUAUGCAAGAAAACAGCAGUGGGCCAAACGGAGACAAUGUUAUAAAUACAGGAUGUGAAUUUAGAAUGCCAUUCAGAGGGCAGAAAGAGGAAAGUGCCAAUGAUAAUCACAUCAGUGUGUCAAAAGAAGGUGGUGUAAGAGAUACAUUAGAAGAUAACAAAACUGAAGACCAAGAAUUUUCUAAAUCAUCGUACUCUUGCGAACAUAAAAAAAAUGAGUCCAGUAGUGAUGUAAAGGACGCAGAAGUGGUAGAACUAUAUGCGUCAGAAAGUGAAAAGCAGAAACCACGCAAAAUAUUAGAAGGAAGGGAUAUAACUGCACGAAUUUCAGAAAAAGAAGAACAAAAAUCUGACAGUGAAAUAAUAAAAGAAUAUGGCCAUAAUAUGGAAAGCGCACGGUUACCUCCACAGCAGGGGAAUCCCCCUUGUGAAACAAAAAAAUUCAGUUAUGCAGAUGUGCUAGAAUCCUCAGAAACGCUACAAAGCUACGAAAGCUCAAUAGCAGAGCGUGAAUAUAAGAAAUGGAACAAUGCGGUUGAAAUGCCAAAUAAUCCAUAUACUCCGGACGCUUUAAAACGUAGGAUUUGUGGCAGCCAGGAGCGUUUUAUAGAUUUACCAAAUAUAAGCUCAAGCACGAAUAAAAGUGUAAUAACUGUAAAAGCAGAAGACGAUGGAGAGAACGAAAGCACUAGUAAUAUUGGUUACAAGAGAUAUAGCCGUGAUUACUAUAUAAACGCUGACAAUCCUCCAAAGGUCAGUCCUAAUCAUCAAAAUCACCGAAAUGAUAAACGCAAACGACUUAGUUCCGGAUGCAGUGAUGAGCUCAUAGAAGAUACGUUCACCAAAGAGAGUAUAAGUCAAGGCAACGAAAUAAUUGCAAAAGAAACCCCUGUUGUUAUCCACCCAACGGUAUACCUCGCACUUCCCGCACAAGUGGUGGAAGAAAGCGCCUCCUUUGAAACGCUGUCAAAUCAGUCUAUGAAUUCGGUAAAUACUACAACCAGUGACGAUUCGGACACAAUACGUAUUUAUGAUUUCAAGAAACAGACAACAGUCAUCGUCCACAAUGAUGAUAAACCGUCGACGACAGAUAUAACCAUGACAACUUCAGAUUCUGUCGAGCCUUUUCCAGCGACAACCGAAUGCGCAUUAACAAAAGAUGCGCUGGCGAAAUCUAAAAAAAUUGAUGAAUAUAAAGAGUUAUAUCCUAGAGAGAUAUUGUUAGAAGCGAAACCCGCUGAAACUUGUGUAUCAACCCUGGCUCCAGGCCCCACCCCGAAGGCAUUCAAAUUUCUACAGCCGAAACGAAGAUUAAUAGAUCCCAGCCAGGUGUUGCCAUUAGAGGAGGAAGCGCAUGGGCUCUCUGUUGGCGAAAAGGCGGUCGUUGAGGAGGAGGUGGCACAAGUUAUGCCUUCUGUAAAAGCUUUGGCGCAGGCGUUUCUUCUGAGUUCAAAUAAAUGUUCUCAAGCCGAAAAGCGAUGGAAAAAAGGGAUCCAAAAGCGGCCUUCUACAGCUGUUAAACUCAACAACCCGCCGACAGCACAGACGGAAAAUAUGGUAACAGCUCCGGAAAUGACAGAAGACGCUACUAUUGCAUCAGAUUUAUCGUCACUAGAAACCGAUCCUUCAGCAAAUAUGGAUAUUUUAACCAACAAAACGAAAACAUCUUCUCCAGAGCGCACCGCUUACUAUGAGGAUAAUAACAAUAAAAGUACCACAAAUAUGUUACGCCGUGUUAGUAUGCUGAAAAGUAAUAUUGCUUUCUUUGAGAAUUUAAAGUUUAAGUAAACAUUGCUCUUAAGUCUAAAACACCUGAAGUUUCACAGCUGGUUGGAAUCUAUUUUGCGAAACUAAAUAUGUUUGCCAAUUUCUGCUACACAUCGUUAUAUUGUAUGUAGAUAUGUUUUACGUCUGUACAUACAUAUGUAUGUAUAUAACACGUAUUUCUAUAUUCAGUCAUACAAAUAAGUAUAUUGAUAAAUCCGUGCCAUUGAAUCAGUUUCUGUUUCUGAUUAGUUCUUGUUGGUUACGAAUUGUCAAUUGAAAGUAUUAUUUAAGUUAUCGUAUUUAAAAUAAAUUUGCUUAUUGGUUUAAUAAUUAAGUGCAGUUAAAUAAUUAUACCAAAUAAAACUUAACUUAAUUCCGAAA